CGACAACUCUGCAUGACUCUGCGGUACGGUGCCCGCGGCUGAGUUGUUGUUCUGCGCCCCCAACCAACACUUUACCGCUACAUCGGUGCCGUGAUCGACUGAUAGCUAUCCCAUGUGUAGCUGUUAGCAAAUACUUCCAUCGGACAGGCCGACACACGAAACUGGAACACCAGCGCAUCCGCACCGGCUGUGCCUAUUUGGAGCAAGUACUGCGUCAUUGUCUGCGGGGUGUGUCCUGGUUUCCCUGAAGCAUGUCGCCUGCUACCAUUGCUUAGCCCAUGCGCGCUACCAGCUACUUCCAGACUCUUUACAGCAAUAGUACAAUCAGCUUGAAGUAAUACGAACAACGCUCAUGCCAACGUUGACUUCGAUGUUGCCCACUGCCGGCUUGUUCCUACCAGAGACACUCCAUCGGGCUGACCCCCCCACGCCAGCGCCUACGGAGACCGAAGGAACAAGGCUGAAGUACUUUCAGCGCAAGAUCGGGCGGCCGAAGCAGGAGCCCAGGAACUCUGAAGACCGGCGGCCAUCAACUGCUAUCCCGAGGGAAACGCCCGAUGACAUCUCAUGGGACUUCCCAGCAAUACCGACUACCUACUACUUCGCGGACUAUGUUCUCUCCACCGAGAAAGCUUCUGCGGAUAUCAUCGCCUUCGUAAGCAUCAUCCAACAAGUGCGACAAGAUAUCGACGAGGCAACGCGCCUGUUUAUUUCAUCAGCGGUUUCGAGUUUCCUGGAUGCUUACCCAAAUAAACGGAGAUGGAUCGAGAGUUCUUUGCUCGAGGUGCGGCGUGCUCUCAAUGAAAUCGGCAUGGAUAUGGACAAAGCCUGGGGCCACGAUGGAGAUAGCGGCACAGCUGCAUCGAAGCUCAAGCUUGAGUGGGGUCUAAGAAACCAGAAGAAGCUUCUGAAAAAGAAGCAACAGCUAGAUCAGUGUCACGCUCAGUUGACUGGUGCUAUCUACGUCAUGCAAACGGCAGAACUCUGUGGAAAGCCUGGUGCUAUCGCAGAAACCCCCAUCUUCGAGGCUCCUGUACGACCGUGGGUACCUCAUGACGAGAAAGACGCGCUACGUGGACCUUAUUCGAGGCAGAAACACCGAACAAAUCACACCAACGUCUCUGCAUCAAAUAUCACCUUGGUGUCUGAAGCUGAAAAAGACGACGUCGAAACCGGUAGUGUCAAUUUGGUGCCAGUAGAACUAGCAGGUAGUACGCCAGCUGACUUGGACAUCGAGGAGAGGCACAACUCACAAACCUUCCUGAGCCCUCAAGUAUCUCGCGAAUUUGGUCAUGGGAGCUCAGCUUUGUCCAGACGGCCACGAGCACGUUCAGACUAUUUCCGACAAUCUGUCCUUCGGGAACCAAGACCUUGCGCUUCUAUCGAUGUCGCUCCCUCCGCCUCGAACAAUGAAGACACAACGAUCGAGCGCAACGACUCCACUCUGUCCACACAAGCUAUGUUCAGUGUCCCCAUGGUAGCAAGACGGUAUCGAGCAACGUCGAUAGACAUCCAAAAACAUAGCGAGAAGCACAGGUCAUUACCCUCAGAGCUUCCUCAUCUCAAGAGUCAACCGUCACUUAUCGAUGACUUGGCGGACUAUGUGAUGCCUAGCGCAGCGAGUGACAGGCUGCCGAGUAGAGAAUGGCCAAAUAGUCCAAUACUUACUAUACCAUCGAUCUCGGUGACGUCGAGCCCAACGACCGGUCAUACGUUACUUGUAGUCCCCGAGACGACACCUAUAGCGAAUGCGAUGAUAGACGAUCUACCAGACAUCACGAACGAGACUACUAGAGCGCAGCUAUCAUUCGAUCAGCUUGCUAAGAGCAACGAAGGACUUGCGCAACACCCACAGCAUGCAAAAGUAAACGCGAACGUGCCGUCGGUGCACGACGACGACUCCAGCUUGAGACGAAACAACUUUGCCUCUGCCGAGCGUACACCAUCGCCUAUGUCUUACUAUGCCACAUCUACACAUACUUUGCGAUCGCCCAGUGCUCUUGUCAACGUAACCACUUUCACCGACGACGAGCCAGUUCGUCGCCCAAGUAGCCAGCGACCGUCACAGCGCAUGUCCAAAAGGCUGUCGCAAACGUCAAGCAGCAGAUCCUUCAAUGCAACACCGUCACCCACAAUCGCCACCGUUGCUGAAACUACAACUACACCUGAUAGUUCGGAGGAAACGGCCACUCCUCCGGAAAGUGUACCGUUUGCCAAUCCCCCACUACCACCGCCCCAGAUCAUUGCCCCAGAAGCUUCGCAGCCCAUACUUGCCAGCCCAACAGAGACUCCGGCGGAGCUAGAAGAUGACGACGUCGUGCUCUCCAUCCUCAAGCAACGACUGCGCAGCCACAAAGUUAUCAAGACGAUGGCUGAAGACUUGGUACGACAGACUUCUACUACAGAAGCGGCGCAACAGACAACGGAUACGCAACAAGCCAUACUCUCAUCGCCUGUAUUGCACAAGCAGCUGAUUUCUACAUCGAAACAAGAAUCACACGUAGAGGUACCAUCCACUACCUCAUCGGUCCCCGUCCAGGUCGAUAUACCGCAUACUGUUCCGUCUGUUCCAGUACAGACAGGAAUUCCCCAAGCACCUUCCAACGGAAGUCAAAUCGGAGAUGCGCCGAAGAAGCCCAUGUCAGCGCAGGCUAAGCGAAGAGCUGCGCACGCAAGGAGGAUGCAAUUAGCCUUUGGUGAUGAGACGACAGCGUGAAGAAGUGAUGUGUGGGAUGGAAGUCAACUAGCAGUAUCUACAUCAUAAUGAUAAUAUGUGAACCAAUACCUCGUUCCCAAACCACUUCUACCCAUCAGUAUACCAAGUAUUUUGUGGUCUGGAGGCGCAUCUUGUGUUAGCAUCAUGUUUCCAUAGUCGCACCAGUAGUUGUCAUCGUAGAUCACACAGCAAGCAAGAAACCAAGUAUCAGACAGUAAGACAUGGCAUUGAAUCAUGUCUACCAUCUACUUUUCCCGGACAAUCCAACGUCCUAAUCCCAGCCAGUCCGACCCAUCUACCCUCAAGAAAACUCGCAGUAGGACCUCUGACCGGCCUUUCACAUCGUAAUCCCAAUCAUCUCAGUGCAAACAAGAUGGUACGGACAGAUACCAGAAGGUAGACCUGUCUAUGCGGCGUUGGGGACAGCGGUGACCUGGGCACGCUUGUCCUCAAUAUUCAACUCGGAUUGUGGAGGUGGGCUGGG